AUGUGGCAACCUAAACAGCCGGGGGUGGGCAUGAAACCCGAAGCUUCAGAACAACGUCGAAAGCGGAAACACCUCGACCAAAAUGGGACAGAGACCGAGUCUGAAGCUUUGGGACCAGAACCAUCAAGGAACUGCCAAGAUGGAGCACAAAUGGUGUUUCAGAAGCCUGGAAAGGCUCGGAAGAAGACCCAUCAGGAGCAUCAAGACCAAAAACUUAAUAAAGAACAGCCCGGCAAGGGUCAGGGACAGAAAACCCAGGAUGAGGGUUCAGGAAAUAUCAAACCCCUAGAGGGUCUGCCAGAUCAGGCUGUAGUUGAGAAGUCGACUGAGGGUGGCAAGUGUCGCAAGCGGCCCUAUUCUGUCCUACAGGAAAAACCUCAAAGCCCCCAAAACGAAAAGCAUGCUAGGUCACUCGAACAUCUUCAAGGUGGCCAUCCUGUGAGGUCUGACCCACACAGGCCUCACCCAACCUUUUCUGACACCUCCAACAACAAAGGUGGAAUGCCAGGGCAUCCUCAUGGACGAGAAACAGCUCACGGAGAUAGACAGCCAUCGACAGAGGUUCUCUCUACCAAGAGAGAGAAGAGGUGUGCUGAGGAGAAAUGUGUACGGGGGAACAGCUUGGAGCAUGGCUUGCCAGGAACAGCGAAUGCAAACAUCCUGGACAGUGGCGGCGGUAGGUUACUCCCAGACAAGGUGGCAGUAGUUGCAGGAGAGAAAAAUGCUCUCCCAGAGCAAGAAAACAACCAAGAAAAAGAAUUUACAAAAGAAAUGGAAAAGGAAGUUGAGAAAGCAUUGGGUCCAGGAGCCCAGGAAGAAAUCCUCAGUACGGGAUUCAAGCUCAAAAUCACACGAGGAGAUAUGCAGACCCUCAAGAACGGUCAGUGGCUCAAUGAUGAGGUCAUCAAUUUCUACAUGAAUCUUCUGGUUCAGAGAAAUGAAAACCCAGGCUACCCUGCUCUUCAUGCCUUUAGCACUUUCUUUUACGCCAAGCUAAAGCAUGGCGGUUACAAUUCUGUGAAAAGAUGGACCCGAGGAAUCAAUCUCUUUGAAAAAGAACUUAUCUUGGUGCCUAUUCACCAGAGGGUCCAUUGGAGCCUGGUGGUAAUCGAUUUAAGAAAGCGAAGCAUUGUCUACCUCGAUUCAAUGGGUCAGACAGGGAAAAAUAUCUGUGAGACCAUCUUCCACUAUUUACAAAAUGAGAGCAAGACCCGAAGGAACAUGGAGCUGGACCCUGUGGAGUGGAAGCAGUACAGCUUAACUUCACAGGAGAUCCCUCAACAACUGAAUGGGAGCGACUGUGGGAUGUUCACCUGCAAAUAUGCAGAUUACAUCUCUAGAGACCAACCUGUGACCUUUUCUCAGCAACACAUGCCCCUCUUCAGGAAGAGGAUGGUGUGGGAAAUCCUGCACAGUCACUUACUGUAA